CACCAGCGUGAUAGCCGCAAACCGCAAACAUGGCGGCGUGCGGGAAUGUUUGGUUUCGCUUACUUGUUGUGGGGCGUCGUUGCAUGCAUCAGAUCCCGGCUUCGUUACCGGCGAAACGCUUGCUGAACUCAGUGACAGUCAGUGCUUUGCAACGGUGCUGCACGCACGAAGCCUGCAUGGCCAGUCGUCACUUGAGGCUUGCGCCGCUAUGCACUCAAGCGGCGGCGCAAGAGGAGCGUCAGGAUUUGUGUUCACUACUGGACUUCGACAGCGAGUCCGAGUACCGGGCAUGGAGGCACGAUCACAAGGAUCUUCUCCUCGGUGUAUCGGAUGACAGGCUGACCAGUGCGUGCCGCUGGCUGCUCAGCAAGAACUUGGAGCUCAAGGCGCUCAGAAGGCACCCCGCUAUCCUGAAGGUCUCCGUCAUCACCUUGCAACGUCGCAUGGCCGUCAUUCAGAGUGAGAAGAAAAGUGCCGAGCUGAGCUCCGACGCUGUGCUGACGCUGCUCUCCUGUCCCGAGUCCCUGCUAGCUACUGUCUCGGACAAUGGGGGCGCCUGCGUAACCUUGCGGGCACGAGUGCAACUGCUGCGCCAGGAACUGCUCCUGUCUAAGCGGGAGUGCUUGGCCAUGAUAAGCCGGGCGCCAUGCUUGCUGAGCCACGAGCCUGAGCUUGCCCAGCGCAAGCUGGCGAUUCUUAAGGAGAGCGGCAUUUCCAAAGACGCCUUGCUCAAGGACCCGUGGGUGUUCCGUUACAGCGAGACGCUGAUGGCAAAGCGGGUGGAGCUGUGCCGAAAACAGGGCGUCCCAGUUCGCACGUGGCUGCUACGCUGCCCCGACAGUGUUCUUCAGCGUCACCUGCAGCUGUGCCGAGCAUCCAGGAGGGCACUCGGUACGCACCCAAACACACCCGACUAUCUUGCUGAGAGGCUACACUGCACACGCUUGGAAGAACUGGUGCGGCGCCAUCCACGCCUGCUCAGCAUACGGCCACCCAAGCUCAAGGAGGUGCUGGAUCUUCUGUUCAAGAGUGGCUACACCGCCGAGCAGGUGUGCCAGUACCCACGCGUGCUGAGUGCGAGCGCCAGCAGGUUGCGGCUGCGGCUGCAGCGGAUAUCAACGCGCGAGGCGCCGCUGCCGUCACUCUACACGCUCCUGCUGCCCGAGAAGGUCUUCGAGCGCACCUGUGGAAGAUUCUUCGACGACUACCCCCACAAGACUGCCCCAUCGCGACCGCCCGAAUGCCAAAUGGAAGAAUAAACACUGA